UUCAACACACUAACCCACAAUUCAACAGAUUGACCAACAUUUCAAAACACACCCCCAAUUCAACACACCAACCCAAAUAUCAAAACACCAACUCACAAUUCAACACACUGACCAACAUUUCAACACACCCAUCCAAUUCAACACACUAACCCACAAAUCAACAUGAAAGCAUACAAUCAACCAUCAAAAGCAGUCACAUAGUGACUUAGGUGUAUCUUACAAUAAUACUUGCAGUUGUGCUUAAAUACAAAUCUAUAAUUUUUCUGUGUUUUAGUCUAUCAUGUUAUGUCAUCUUAUUCAGAGGAUCUCACACACUAAAUUCUAUUUUACAGGUCAGAACAUACAACAUCAUAUAGUACACAGCUGGAUGACAUAAUACACAGAAAAUGGGGCCAUGUUUUGUCUUGUCACCAUCACAACUACUGACUGACAUUAUAGAAAAUCUACAACAAUGCAUUUUUAAGUCUACCCAAGAGAAAAAGACUUCAGUGACUUUGUAUUUUAUAAACCUAGUGUUUUUGGCUUAUUUUCUGUUGGUCUAGAUAUGACAGCCUAUUGUCUAUGUCUCAGUGGUGUUGAGGGGGAUUAAGUAGGCUACAUUCAGUGCUUUUAGGCAACAUUAAAGUCUUUGUUGUUCGUGACGUGUGGAUUGGUAAAACAGCCCAAUGACUCAAAUCAAGUUGAUCAAUCUAUGCACCUAGUCUACAAGUGUCCUCUAAUGCAUAUUUGUCGUAGCCUUAUUAAGCAAUAGGUCUUGGCGUGUGUGGUAUACUACAUGGCAAAUAUACCACUAUGUGCUAUUCAUAGGCACCACACCACAGCACAACUGUGGUAUACUGGCCAAAUACAAAAGGCCUAAACCCUGAGAUUCCUUAUUGCUAUUGUAAACCAGAAAUUAAAAAGGUUUGUGAUGUCAUACCCAUGGAACACGAUCUCAUACACCAUGGCUUUCACCCAGUGACCAUGAAGCAGAAGAAAUGUUGUGAUUGCAAUUCAUGUGGAUUUUACCACUUGACUGGGUUAGGUGGGCAUAUGUCUUUCAACAGAGCCUGGGGGAGAGAUCAUAGCAGCUCCCAUGUUCUCUGUCUCCUCAUUCUAUGGAAUCCCUCACUGUGGAGCUGGGCUUAUUGGACCACAGCUGAGAUGCUUGAACCCUCCCAGUAGCUCCUGGUCCUGGCAAAGUUUGGUUCCAUGCUCCCUCCUGCUCGAGGAUGCUGUUACUGGAAGCUGAUCCUGAGCAUUCAUCAAUACCAUCUCUGUCAUGACACUGGGUGGAUGAAUGAAGCAAUGCUGUACUGUCACACACCUUCCAGUCCUAUAAAUGCAGGGGAAUCUGAUCCAAGUAUAGUCAAUUCAUAUUGUUGCGCUGGGCAGCGAGUGCCCUGGAGGAGUGGGGCCUGGGGAAGAGGCCAUGGGUCAGGGCCAACUCCAGGGGGGCCUGCUGUGGAGCUACUUGGGUCAUGGCGCCGUGGCUGGAGGGCCUGAUGAGAGCAGCCUGUCCAACCCGGCAUUUAUGGAGUACACGUCCCGCGUGUUCGGAGAUGUCACUGUGGUGGUGCAGGACUGCCCCAGCUGGGAUCUGCUGGACAGUGACUGGGCCAGUGUGCGGAGUGUUCUGGAGCAGGCUGACAUACUGGUCAUCAAGUAUUCGGUCAACGACAAGCUGGCCUUCCAGCAGGUGCGCAACGGAUACGCCCCCAGACUCCGCCCCCUGCUACGUCACUGGGGUGUUCCCGUCAUUCUCGUGGCCGUGGGGGCUCGUCUGAACGACGAGGGCCCCCCCUGCACGUGCCCCCUGUGUGCGUCUGACUGGAGCAGCUGUGUGCCCCACAGUGAGGGCCUGCAGCUCUCCAGGGACCUUGGGGCCACUUACCUGGAGCUGCCCUCGCUCAACCACGUGUUUGUGGGGCGCUACUUCGGCAGCGUGCUGGAGUACUUUAUGAUUCAGUGUUUGAAGCAGAAGGCCAAAGAGCGUCCUGAAAAAAGGCGGGGCUACAAGCUGAACGAGCCUCGCCCCCCUCAUUUAGAACAGCCAGCCCGCCUUCCCCCCAUCCGAGUGGAGGAGUCCAGCUUCUCUCAGGACCUGCAGUGGCUUCUGGAGCGCGGAGUCCAGUUCGCCGACGUGGCCUUCUACUCCGGGGACUCCGGGAAGGAGCUGGGCUGGGGACAUGCCGCCGUGCUCUGCGCCGUCAGUCCCUACUUCAGACAGCUGCUGCUGGGCCCCAAGGCCAGGGAGAGGCCCGUCUCGCGCUGCGCCUGCCGGGGCGAUGGAGGCCCCCCGUCGCUGCUCUCCACCUGGGACGGGGGCCUCGGCAUGGAGGAUGGGUCCCGGCCCGACGGGCACCUGACCGGACGACUGUCCCGCUUGGUGGUGAAGGACCCUCUGCUGUGCCUGUGUCUGUGGGAGACACUCAUGUUCCUUUACAGAGGGGCGUGGGAGUGGGAGCACCUCCAGGAGGCCGUGGGGGAGAAGCUGAAGAACUCUCUGGCCGUGGUUCAACUCAUGGACCGAAUCCGCUCCUUCCUGGGCAGAGACAAGCUCCCCAGGGACACACCCAAUGCCCGUGCUGCCCAGCUUGGUCCUCAGUCUUUGGUCAACCUCUUUAACUCUCCUCUGUACUCUGAUGUCAUCUUCAUGGUGCAAGGGAGUGUGUUACCAGCUCACAGAGCGGUCCUGGUGGCUCGCUGCGAUGUCAUGGCGGCCAUGUUCAGUGGGAAAUACGCAGAGGCACGGAGUCGUGUGGUGCCGAUCCACGGCGUCUCCUCCGACACCUUCCUCUCCUUCCUGGAGUACCUUUACACUGACACCUGCUGUCCCGCCAGUGUGUUGCAGGCCAUGGCCGUGCUCGUCUGCGCCGAGAUGUACCAGGUGAAGCGGCUGCAGCACCUGUGCGAGGUGUGCGUGUGCGCCUACCUCCAGAGCAUGCCCAGCCGUGAGCUGGCGUCCACGGGCAUCAGCGUCAUCCGCCUACUCCGCAGGGCUAAGUGCCACAAUGCAGAGCAGCUGUACGUAUGGCUCCUCCACUUCAUUGCCAAUAACUACUUGAUCUUCAGCCACAAGCCCGACUUCCUGGAGCUAUCAGAGGAAGAGCGGGAGCAGGUGGAGAGACUACGCUGGCCGUCCAGGGGCUACCUGCAGGAGCUGAGCGAGUAUCAGCAGCGCCGACGCAAACUCAAGAAGUCCCGCUGCCUGGUCAUGUGACAUCCACCCGCCGCCACACCCUGGAGAGGCAACAGUGAGAGGCAGAGGGGAGAAGGGGGAGGUGUGGGGCGAGACGCAGAGGACAGAAAGGAAGGAGUCAAAGGUCACGGUGAGGUGGCGAGACAGAACGAGAGAAGACUUUACAAACAAACCAGACUUUAAACGCCUCCAUUGGACA